AUGAAGCUGCAUCACCAGAGCCGGCAUCGAGGAUUCCUCGUCGCCCUGCUGGCAUGUGCCCUUGUGUGGCUCCGUGGCUCUGCUUUUGCAGGCCCUGGCUUGGCUUCGAGUGGCAGGCUUGAGCAUCCGCUUCGGAGGCAGCUUCUAGUGCCGGUACUGGAGCUCUGCAGCGCGCUGCAGGUUGCUCCUGCCUUGGCUCUCAGCAGCGACGAGCAGCUUGUCACCUCCCUCUUCGAGCGUGUAACUCCUGGCGUUGUCUCAAUUGCUCGGGAGGCACCUCCAAAGGAAAGCAUGGGAGAAAAGCCAUCUCCCGGAAUAGCAGGUUCCGGUUUCGUUUGGGACAAGAAGCACGUUGUAACAAACUACCACGUCAUCAACGAGCUCCAGACGCCCUACGUGACCUUUCUGUUAAAGGAUGGUUCAGGAUCCAAGCGACUGAGUUACCAGGCUCAAGUAGUUGGCUACGACGCAACAAGUGAUGUGGCCGUCUUGGAAGUUGGCAGCCAGGAUAGCAAGGACAAGGAGAAGGAGAAGGAAGCGGAUAUCCCAAGAGGCCUCAUGCAGCCCCUCAAUCGCGGUCGGUCUGACAGGCUUCUGGUCGGCCAAAAUGUCUUCGCUUUCGGAAAUCCUUUCGGCCUGGAGCAUUCUCUCAGUAGGGGGAUCAUCAGCGGAGUGUCGCGGAAACUUGAAGGUGCUGGUGGAAGGCCAAUUAGUGGAGUCAUCCAGACUGAUGCCAGCAUCAAUCCAGGCAAUAGUGGAGGGCCGUUGUUGAACAGUGAUGGCGAGGUGAUCGGAGUCAACACAGCAAUCCUCUCUGGCAGUGGCAUGUUCGCCGGAGUUGGCCUUGCUAUCCCGAUUGACACCGUCUACAAGAAUGUCGAAAGCAUUAUCUCCAAAGGCUUUGUGAAGCGACCCUUGCUUGGGCUCGUCUUCGCGCCAGAUGUCAUGGAUCAGGAACUGCAACUCAAUGGCAUCAUGGUGAUGAAGGUAAUUCCAGACGGGCCAGCUGCCUCUGCUGGAGUGCGUGCCAUGCGCGGCGGCCGUUUGGGAGAUGUGGUGGUUGCCAUGGAUGGGAAGCGAAUUUCUAGCACGGAUGACUUGUUCGGCAUGCUGGAGCAAAGAGCUCCAGGCGACACGGUGAAGCUGACCCUGCAGCGCCCCAGUGCCGAUGUGGACAGCGAGAAGUUGGAGGAGCUGGACCUGUCAAUCAAGCUCGGGCAGGCCGCCGAGUGA